AGUCGCUGCGCUAGGAAAUCCACCGCUGCCUGCUCUUGUCAUGUUUUGAGGGCAGCGGCGGGGCUUAUGUACGUAUGUAUAUUUCAUUUUUCUGGAGCACACAUGGAGGCACCGCCGCGCAGCUCUGUCAACGAAGUCUACGUUUGAAAAAAAGACGCUUUAAUUGACCGCGGGGAGAGACCAGCGGGAUCAACAACAGUUCAAAGUGGUUGCUCAAUGCCCCCCUAGUCGGCAGGAAUAGCCUUACAGUUCCCACAUCUCGCCACAUCCAUGUUGACUGCGGCAGCCUUCGCACUGGGUCCAGGGCUGCGAGCACCACCACCCCUUUGUUCUUCUGUGGACAAGAUCCGGCUAAACUGUAGCGGCUCGUGGACGGACCGUCGUAUGUUACGGGGCACAUCUCUGUUUCAGUCUGUGGGAUUGUUUACGCGUUAAAAUGGCUGCUGAAAUGGCAUUUGGAAGAGAAUGGUCUUGAAUCAAUGCAGUAACGUUACGUUGCCUUGCAGAUGCCAAGCCGCAAACGAGCUAACGUUACACAGACAAAACAAAUUAUGUAUUAGCCAAGUCGCGGCGUUCAGAGAGUUAGCUCCUUCCAUAGCUUUAAUAGAUGCUUCGCCGCUUUUUCGUUAGGUUCUUCCAACAAGAGGUAGGGUGAAGGGAAUUCCUCCCACUCCGAAUCUAUGCAUGCGGUUAACCAAGCAGCUUUUAAAAACACUUCGCUAACAUUGCGUUUUCUUAGCCAUUUUCCUCCAAAGAUUCGUAAGCGGGCUUUGCUGAGCCUUAAUUUUGAGUAUGCAUAACACUCAGCGAAUAUGCAGGACUUCUUUGUGAUAUUUGAAACAGCCUGAGUAGCCGAGGCUUUCUCCCAAAGCAGACCUAAAGGCCCCGGUCUUCUGCUCGGCUUGGUCGACCUGGGGGGUUAAAAAUGGAUCCUGGGGGGAAAUGUAAGACUAAACUCUUUCUCUUUGGACCCAAAGUAGCCACCCACGGCCAUCUGCGGGGUAUCAACAGAUACUUGGUGGUCUAUGUUUUGUUUUACUUUGUACUGUUCACUCACGCCUCCCCGGCGAAGCCGUGUGACAAGAACUGCCUCUCUGGAAAAUGUAUAAACGGAUCCUGCAUCUGUGACCGAGGAUGGGUUGGAGACCAGUGUCAGCAUUGCCAAGGGAGGUUCAAGCUGAUGGAGCCCUCAGGAUACCUCACUGAUGGUCCAAUCAACUACAAGUACAAAACAAAGUGCACCUGGCUCAUUGAGGGCUAUCCAAAUGCGGUUCUUCGAUUAAGAUUCAACCACUUCGCCACAGAAUGUAGUUGGGACCAUAUGUACGUCUAUGAUGGAGACUCGAUAUAUGCUCCUCUGGUUGCAGUUUUCAGUGGUCUCAUUGUGCCAGAGAUACGGGGAAAUGAGACAGUUCCUGAGGUUGAGACGACUUCAGGCUACGCACUACUACACUUUUUCAGUGAUGCUGCCUAUAACCUGACAGGAUUUGAAAUAUUUUACUCGAUCAACUCUUGUCCCAAUAACUGUUCUGGCCAUGGGAAGUGCACCCCUGGGAACUCAGUCGCCAGCAGAGUGUACUGUGAAUGUGACAAGUACUGGAAAGGCGAGGCCUGCGAUAUCCCCUACUGCAGGAACAACUGCGGCAGCCCCGACCACGGCUACUGCGACCUCACCGGGGAGAAGCUGUGCGUCUGUAAUGACAGCUGGCAAGGUCCGGACUGCUCUCUAACUGUACCUUCAACUGAGUCCUUCUGGGUCCUACCCAGUGUCAAGCCCUUUGGUACAUCACUCGCCAGAGCGUCCCAUAAGGCAGUGGUGCAGGAAAAGGUCAUGUGGGUGGUGGGCGGCUAUACCUUCAACUACAGCUCCUUCCAGAUGAUUCUCAACUACAACCUGGAGAGCGGCAUCUGGAACACAGUUCCCAUCAAUAGCGGCCCCGUGCCAAGAUACGGCCACUCGCUCGCUGCCUACCAGGAUGAUAUCUACAUGUUCGGUGGGAAACUGGAGGCCGGCUGGGGGAAUGUGACAGACGAGCUGUGGGUGUUCAAUAUACCCAGUCGGACGUGGCAGCGGAGAAACCCUGUGGUUGGCCCGCCGGCCCAGGCUCAGAUCUACGCUGUGGAGGGACACUCAGCCCACUGCGUCCUGCUGGAGGGCGGCGAGGCCAUCAUGCUGGUCAUCUUUGGCUACUCCCCCAUAUACAGCUACAUCAGCAAUGUUCAGGAGUACAACCUGAGAUCAAACACGUGGUUGGUGCCUGAGACCAAAGGUGCCAUUCCCCAGGGAGGUUAUGGCCACAGCAGCACGUACGACAGCUCCAGCGGCAGUGUGUAUGUUCACGGAGGCUAUAAGGCGCUGCCUGCCAACAAAUACGGCCUUGUUGAUGACCUCUAUCGCUAUGACGUUAACACCCGGACAUGGUUCAUCCUGAGAGAGAGCGGCUUUCCACGGUACUUGCACUCAGCGGUGCUCCUCAGCGGCACCCUGCUCAUCUUUGGUGGCAACACACACAACGACACAUCACUUAGCAACGGGGCCAAGUGCUUCUCUGCUGACUUCCUUACCUAUGACAUUGCCUGUGAUGAGUGGAGGCUGCUGCCCAAACCAGACCUGCACAGGGAUGUCAACCGCUUUGGUCACUCUGCUGUGGUCAGCAAUGGGUCCAUGUACGUGUUCGGGGGCUUCUCCGGUGUGCUGCUCAACGAUGUGCUUGUUUACCGACCCCCCAGCUGCCAGGCCUUCUUGGCAGAGGAAGGGUGUGUGAAGGCUGGGCCAGGGGUCCGCUGUAUCUGGAGCAAAGGCCGCUGCCUCCCUUGGGAACCCAGCAUGGCUAACGGCAGCCUCACUCCUGCCCCAUUCUGCCCCCCUAAAGCUGUCACAGUGGACGAGCGAUGCUACCGGUUCUCAGACUGUGCCAGCUGCACAGCCAACACCAACGGGUGCCAGUGGUGUGAUGACAAGAAGUGCAUCUCUGCCUCCAGCAACUGUACAUCUAAUGUGAAGAACUUCACAGAGUGUCCGGUGCGGAACGAGCAGGUGUGCAGCAAGCUUGCCAACUGCAAGAGCUGCUCGCUGAAUCUCAACUGUCAGUGGGACCAGAAUCAGCCAGAGUGCCACGCUUUGCCCGCCCAGCAGUGCAGUGAGGGUUGGAGCCAGGUGGGGGACGCCUGCCUGAGGAUCAACUCCAGCCGAGAAAGUUAUGACAAUGCCCAACACUACUGCAAGAACCUCAAUGGAAACAUCGCUUCACUCACCACCUCCAAACAAGUGGACUUUGUACUCGAGGAGCUCAUGAAGCUCCAGCAACAAGACAAGCGGCUGUCUCCCUGGGUGGGCCUGAGGAAAAUCAACGUGUCGUACUGGGGUUGGGAGGACAUGUCCCCCUUCACCAACAGCAGCCUGCGCUGGCUGCCUGGCGAACCCAGUGACUCUGGUUUCUGUGCCUACCUGGAGGAGCCCCAGGUGUCAGGCCUGAGAGCCAAUCCAUGCACUGCCACUGCUCAUGGCCUCAUUUGUGAAAAAGCAGCUGGAAACCCCAAUCAGAGUACCCGUCCAUCCUGUAAGAAGCCUUGCUCGAUGCACACCAACUGUGCUAACUGUACCAGCCAGGCCAUGGAGUGUAUGUGGUGCAGCAGUGCGCAGCGCUGUGUUGACUCCACUGCUUAUGUCAUCUCUUUCCCCUAUGGUCAGUGUCUGGAGUGGCAGACUGGAGAUUGUGUGGCCCAGAACUGCUCAGGCCUGCAGACGUGUUCCCAGUGCUUGGAGCAACCUGAGUGCGGCUGGUGUGGAGAUCCCAGCAGCACAGGGAAGGGUCUGUGCAUGGAGGGUUCGUACCGGGGUCCCAUGAAGAGGACAGCGAAGCAGGGCCAGCAGGGCCAGUCCCAGGACAUGAGCCUGGAGCCAGGCAGCUGUCCCAAAGACAAGGGCUAUGAGUGGGCCUUCAUUCACUGCCCUGCCUGCCAGUGUAAUGGCCACAGCACGUGCGUGAACGGCAGCGUGUGCGAACAGUGCCGUAACCUGACCACUGGUCCUCACUGCCAGACGUGCAUGCCUGGUUACCACGGAGACCCGACCAAUGGCGGCAAAUGCCAGGCCUGUAAGUGUAAUGGUCAUGCAAGUGUGUGCCAGGUGUUAACUGGCAAGUGCUUCUGUACCACCAAGGGGAUCAAAGGAGACCAGUGCCAGCUAUGUGACUCAGAAAACCGUUACCUUGGCAAUCCACUCAGAGGAACCUGUUACUACAAUCUCCUGAUCGACUACCAGUUCACCUUCAGUCUCAUCCAAGAAGAUGACAAUCACUACACUGCCAUCAACUUCAUGGCAUCACCUGAGCAGGCAAACAAGAACUUGGACAUGUCCAUUAAUGCAUCCAACAACUUCAACCUCAAUAUCACCUGGUCGGUGGGAUCAACAGCCGGAACCAUUUCUGGAGAGGAGGUGCCCAUCGUGUCCAAAACUAACAUCAAGGAAUACAGAGACAGUUUCUCCUGUGAGAAGUUCACCUUUAGAAGCAACCCUAACAUUACCUUUUAUGUCUACGUCAGUAACUUCUCAUGGCCCAUCAAGAUCCAGAUUGCCUUCUCCCAGCACAACAGCAUCAUGGACCUUGUUCAGUUCUUUGUGACAUUUUUCAGUUGCUUUCUGUCACUACUUCUGGUGGCAGCAGUGGUGUGGAAGAUCAAACAGACCUGCUGGGCCUCACGACGGAGAGAACAACUGAUGAGAGAGCGUCAGCAGAUGGCCAGUCGUCCAUUUGCCUCAGUUGCUGUUGCACUGGAUGCCAGAGGAGAACAAACAGAACUGUUGCAGCCUGUGGUUGAUGGAGUCCCUAAACCUGUUGCGAUGGAGCCUUGUUCAGGAGGGAAAGCUGCUGUGUUGACAGUCCUCAUGCGUCUGCCCUCUGGGGCCUCAAGCUUACCUCCACCAGGACAGUCAGGACUCAUCGUUGCCAGUGCGCUGAUAGACAUUUCACAGCAGAAACCAACAGAUUUUAAGGACAAGUCCCAGGCUUUGAAAAACCGAAAAGCCCUUCCUCCUGUGCACCAAGGCACCUGCGUCUGAGUCUCAGCCCGUCAAUCCAUUGGGUCCCUUCUUAUUACCAUCUGAGGUCACAUUGCACCAACUUGUCGAAGGUCCCAGUUGGAAACCUUUCCAGAGACAAGGGAUGGCCUCAUGUAGAAGAUUUCAUUCGGCUGCUACCACUCAAGUUUUAACGUCCCAAGAGCACAACCCUUUCCUGCCUCUUUUGCUCUAUUCUGCAUAUGUCAACCUCAGAAACCCUUCUCCAACCUCCGCAACAGCGUCCUCCACCCACUGGGCUCUAACUUCUUCCCUUUAGCUUGGACAGUCAUCGCGGCAAAACUUAGCGUCUGCCCCGAGAGGAAAUCUUACUGAUCGGUGACAUCAGAGACAGAUUGAUAAGAUGGAUCUGCACCAAUUGAAGCUUCAGUCAUAAAUAAUAUUUUGUGACACCUCGUCGUCCAUUCGCUCAGCAUGAGGGAAAAGCAAAGGUGUCUGUACAUGUAGGUCAUAUCAAAGUUGAAGGGAUUUCCCUCACACUGUGUUGGAAAUAAAAAAUAAGAGAAGAUUGAAAAUGGCUGGUAGAUAUCCAGUCUGUGCUGCCUAUGGGUUUUCUGUCCUUUUUUUUGCUUGCCAACAAGUGGUAUUCUAUGGUGCUAAAGCAUUUAGUUUUUAUGACAAGCCUCACUCAGUCUUUGCUGUAAGGACUGAACUCAUUCUGCCUUUUUUCGUGGGGAAAGCUGCGCGCUUGGCCGGGACUCUUUUUAACACUACGUGACCACAUGAUAGUGUUUUUGACAACUAGAGUAUUUUGUCACACCACUUUGCCGAUUCCCAUCAAUGAUCUGUUUUAGCAUUUCCUGUACAUACGUAUCAUCCACCCAGCUAAAGCUAAAGUCUGUAUUUUCCGUGGAGUACGUGUACAGAUGCUGCAGAGACAUGAGACUGCUGCGAUCACUACCGGCAGCAUGCGGGUGAAGACUGCAAACCGGAGGAGGCACGAACAAAUCGUCAGUGGUCGAAGUAACGCAUGGAAAACUCUGAAACUUAAGAAAAGUUAGAUGCAUCUUAUUAGCAAACUGGAAGUUUAAUUUGUGACUGAAAUCGAGAUUUUUUUCUUUUUCCAGUGUGCUCACCGUUGAAGAAGUCACAUAAUGCAGAGAAACACUGAAGUUCUCUUAAAUUCUUUGCUGUAGUUAGUAAUUGUAUCAUUUUGCUGUGCAACUUGGACAUUAAGCUUUUGAACUUGCUCUUGGAAUAAUGUGGUGGGCGGAUGCCAUUUAGGAGAAAGACGUCUGCUCGAUAAAAUUAGACCAGGGACAUCAUGCUCCUCUGGCUGUUUACUAGUUUGUUUUGUAAGUUUUUUUAAGAGUCCUCUGAAGCUAUGACUUUAUUUCCAUCUUUGGGUACAAGGAGCUACGUUACCUUUUAUAAUGCCUUGGCUUUCCAUGAACUCCUACGGAGGGGGGCAUGUUGAUCUGCAGAAUUUUCAAAGCUGUUGACCAUUUUUAGCCCCGACUCCAUCCUGAGCUGUACAGUGUCUUGUUGAAACAAAUGUGAGUCUUUGUCACUCUUAUCUCUUGAGACUUCAUGUCUUUGUCAGGUUUUUAUGACAGAACGGCAAGAGAUUAUCAUUUAUUUUAGGCCUUGUCACCUGUUACUAUAUCUAUGAUAAAUUGUCUUUUGCUACACUUGUGAAAAGAGCAUUUCUGUUAAUAUUUUGUUUUGAUAUUUAACAGAUUCCUGUGUAAUAGCGCAUUUAACUUGAUUUUAUUCUUGACUUAAAUCGGUUGUUUUAAUGUCUUUUUGAAUUGUGCAUUUUUGAGGACUUUAUGGGCAUUGUCUUGCUUUUUGUUGCAAAGUGGUCAUGAUGCAUUUCAUAAGGAUAGUAUACCAGCUAAUGUGUUUUUAUUUUGUGUUUGUAGAGUAAUCUUAUAACAGUGUCAUUACACAGGAAUCAGGGUCUCACUGUACCGUGAAAAAAAAAGAUGAAAAACUGCAUAUCAGUAAUCUUCAGUGUAUUUUAAAGAUGGACAACAUGCCAGAAAAUAAAAAAAAAAAAACACA